GGAGACGUCAGUCUUCUGCUGGGCUGUAAAAGGAGGUGAGGUGGUUCAGUGUUCACUAGAUCAGAGGACGGUUCACCAGGAACACGGAUUACCAUGGAGAGAAAAGCCUUGCUUUGCAUCUUCUUCUUGUUGCUACCACUGGUCUUAGUGUCUGCAGUCAUACCUGUCCUUCGCUCAAUAAAUGACCUCAGGAACAUCGAGUUUGGCCACAGAUUCCCUCGUCAUGGCCUAAUGCUGCUACACUUUGUCUCUAGCGGCCUAUACGUCGAUAACAACGAUGUACUCAUACCAACGUUCUCGCCAGAAAGGGGAGACUGGGGCUUCCAUUACUUCAAUAACUAUGAAGAACUUUUUCCACCACUGUCAGAUCAGAACAGACAGGGUUACUACGCAGUUGGGAAUAUCAACACACCAACAGCAUACCCACUCUAUCCUUAUGUCACUCGCAGCUACUACCUUACCCCAGGAAACUUAGAGAGGAACAUGGACAGGUUAGUUGUCAGAACAAGCCCCAACUGGCCACUGUUAGAGGCAGUCUACAUAACACAGCACUAUCGAAGAAGCAGUGAGUAUGACCCCCAUAGCAGUGAGUAUGAUCCCCAUAACACCUACCAAAUCAGCCCCGCCCUCCUGCGGGAGAUCAGGACCGUCAUCCAUAACAGGGUGGACAGUGUGCAGGCAUUUCUGUACGCUGCCGGCUAUGACGUACACUCCAUGUUAUUCACACAGAACUGCUAUGCCUCUAGUAGCACAUACAAGGUUGAAGAAGCAGGCAGAAUGACUCUGAAUGAGUCCACUGCUAUAAUGAAAGAGGCAGUGGUGAAUGACCACCACACAGAGUGCUAUGCUGUUGUGAUCCAGGUGAAAUCCACAGAAAGUGGGUACGCCCGGCUCGGAUGGGCUAAUGUCCCUGACAGCCUACUGGAUGUGGGGGUGAUGCUGGCACUCUUUAAUAACAAUGGAAAUAAUCUCUUCUCUCUCCCUCUUGGCACGCGCAGCUACGGAACCUAUGACAGCAACCAGUACCUUAACCACGGCCUACAGGUCAAGCUCCUCUCCAAGGACGGGUCAAAUGUCUUCAUAACCGGGCCUCGGUAUGAUGACGCAGACAGGAAGGUUCCUGUUGGCAUAGAGGGUUAUGACGCCAGUCUGCAGCUCUACACUAAAGGCAGCUAUGCUUGCGCUCGCCUGUUCAUCAAAAAGACCUUCACCAAAUGGAAGACUGAUUUCUAUAACUCGUGGGUUGCAUUCUACUCCAAUCACAAAGAUGCUAGUAAUUAUUACUAUACUUACGAGUACGCUGUCAGAUUCACUAAGCAGGAUGACACAAACAUAAAAUAUGAUAUAUAUUCGUAUGUGUCUAGUUUGUCCAUUCAACCUGGAGCUCAAGCUCGAUUCUUCCUCACGAAAACAUACGAUAACAUUCUGACAGAAACUACACCAUGGGAAAGGUAAAAAAGGUGUCCGGAAGAUUGCUGGUAUUAGUAUUAGUGUUCUAGCCAUGAGCGAGGUACUUUACCUAUCAGACUGUUGAACAAAAACAGUCAUUUAAGGAGAAACCAGCAGAAUCUUACAACACUUGGAAAGAAAUUGGAAAGCAACAGUGUAAAUUUAAAGCACCCAACAGAGAACACCUCAGUCAUGUGAUUACCAAAGAGCCCCGUCUCCACCCGCUUACACAACACCACACCAUCUCCGUGGCGACAGAGCAGCCAAUCACCAUGCAGACGGCAGUAGAGAGCAGACAGGAUUGGACACAUCUGACCCUUCUGUAACUCAGAGACUGAUUAGACUACUACUAAAAUAUGUUUUGUCUCAGGUAAUAAGAUGGAGAUGUGGGGAGAGGAUGAGUGAAUGAAUCAAAAGGUGUAAAUCAGCAUAAUGCCCUGAGGUAGUUUAUCUACCCUGAGCUACCUGACCUAUGAUAACUUCAUAACUGCAAUUGAACAAACUACCCUGACCAGACCAAUCGAGAACUGAUGUCUGUAAUGUCUACAUGUUAAAUGUUUGUAUUGUCUACUACCGUCAAUUGUGGUACAGUUUUUCUAUAUAAAUUGUAAAUUAUGUUUUGUUGUGUUCAUGGAGCCCAGGAAGAUUAGUGGUCGUCAUGGCGUCAGCUAAUGGGGAUCCCAGUAAAGAUAAAGAUAAACAACAUUGUGUUAUAUUGAAGGCCAUGAUUAUUAAGAUUGCUAAUGGAUGGGUAGAUUUGUUUGGGCUGGUUAGACUCACAAUCUAACAACAGAGGAGCAGAGGAGGGCCAGCAGUAUUUUGACUAGGGUUGCAAAAUUCUGGGAAAUUUCAAUAAGUUUCACAGAAAUAAAUAUAUUUUAAGCAGUGGAGGCUGCUGAGGGGAGGACAGCUCAUAAUAAUGGCUGGUUAAACUGAGUCUAACCAGCCCAAACAAAUCUAUAUUUUAAACAUAACUUACUGUCGAUUUUUUUAUUUUCUAUGAACUUGUCUGUCGGGCCCGGCAUUAAAGACCAUAGGUGGUUUUAAGGAAAAUUGUGCAAAAUAAGAACACAUACCAAUUUCAUUUAGGACCUAAAAAUUGACAGCUGUGCCGUAUAAAUUGCAAAAUAGUUGGGAAGAGAUUUUUGAUGUACCCAUUCCAUGGCACAUGGUUUAUGAAUUAACAGACAAAACAAUGCCGGAUUCAAAAUUUCAAAUGUUUCAAUUUAAAUUAUUAUACAAAAUUCUUGCAACCAAUAGAAUGUUAUAUAUGUGGGGGAUACAAUCUUCCCAGCUCUGCAGAUUCUGCUGUGAGGAGGCAGAGUCAUUAGAUCAUUUAUUUUGGUAUUGUCCAUAUGUAGCUCGUUUUUGGUCACAGGUCCAGGAAUGGCUGAAGAAUUGCAGCAUUUACCUAGAAUUAACGUUGCAGAUACCAAUACUGGGUGAUUUAAAAAGUCAUAGUCAAUCAAUCAAUAAUAUAAUUAUUAUUUUUGCAAAAAUGUUUCUUUAAUUUACAAUCUGCAGAAGCUAUGAGAAUAGAAAGGUUCAGCAUCACAGCACAGUUGAAAAAUAUAUGGCAAAUAGAAAUCCAAUAUGGAUGGUGUUAAGAGACAGAUGGGAGGUGUUGAACGGAGCUGAAGGGUGGGACUAAUAACAAGAUAAACAAUGUAAAACAUACGGGGUCUGUAAAAUGUAUAUAGGUUCAGAAAUUUUGUGAAAUAGCACAGUUACAAAUAUAAAUCUAACUGGAUGGACAUCAGAAAUAGAGGAAGGACUAAAAACAAACAAAAUAUAACGAUUGAAAGAUUGUGCAUGUAAAAUGUGUAUGUAUGCACUGAAGGUUAUUAAUAUGUAUAAACUGAAGGUAGAAGCAUAAGUGUUAUUGUUUAUUAGUUUACUCCAAUUGGGGGAAGGGUGGUAGGGUUUGCAGGGAAUAAUAAAGGUAUAUUCAAAAAAAAAUGUAUGUAUAUAUGUAUGAAUGUUUCUGUAUGCAUAUACAUAGUUUGUUAACAAGACAUUUGUGGAGUGGUUGAAAAACGAGUUUUAAUGACUCCAGCCUAAGUGUAUGUAAACUUCCGACUUCAACUGUAUAUAUAUGCAGUCAUUAAAACUCGUUUUUCAACCACUCCACAAAUUUCUUGUUAACAAACUAUAGUUUUGGCAAGUCAGUUAGGACAUCUACUUUGUGCAUGACAAGUAAUUUUUCCAAUUGAUUCUUUCACUUAUAAUUCACUGUAUCACAAUUCCAGUGGGUCAGAAGUUUACAUACACUAAGUUGACUGUGCCUUUAAACAACUUGUAAAAUUCCAGAAAAUGAUAUCACGGCAUUAGAAGCUUCUGAUAGGCUAAUUGACAUAAUUUGAGUCAAUUGGAGGUGUACCUGUGGAUGUAUUUCAAGGCCUACCUUCAAACUCAGUACCGCUUUGCUUGACAUCAUGGGAAAAUUAAAAGUAAUCAGCCAAGACUCCAGAAAAAAAAACUCCACAAGUCUGGUUCAUCCUUGGGAGCAAUUUCCAAACGCCUGAAGGUACCACGUUCAUCUGUACAAACAAUAGUACACAAGUGUAAACACCAUGGGACCAUCCAGCCGCCAUACCGCUCAGGAAGGAGACACGUUCUGUCUCCUAGAGAUGAAAGUACUUUGGUGCGAAAUGUGCAAAUCAAUCUCAGAACAACAGCAAAGGACCUUGUGAAGAUGCUGGAGGAAACAGAUACAAAGGUAUCUAUAUUCACAGUAAAAAUGAGUCCUAUAUCGACAUAACCUGAAAGGCUUCUCAGCAAGGAAGAAGCCACUGCUCCAAAACCGCCAUAAAAAAAGGCAGACUACGGUUUGCAACUGCACAUGGGGACAAAGAUUGUACUUUUUUGAGAAAUGUCUCCUGGUCUGAUGAAACAAAGAUAUAACUGUUUGGCAAUAUUGACCAUCGUUGUGUUUGGACGAAACAGGAGGAGGUUUGCAAGCCGAAGAACACCAUCCCAACCGUGAAGCCCGAGGGUGGCAGCAUCAUGUUGUGGGGGUGCUUUGCUGCAAGAGGGACUGGUGCACUUCAAAAAUAGAUGGCUUCAUGAGGGAGGGAAAUUAUGUGGAUAUAUUGAAGCAACAUCUGAAGACAUCAGUCAGGAAGUUAAAGCUUGGUCGAAAAUGGGUCUUCCAAAUGGACAAUGACCCCAACCAAGCAUACUUCCAAAGUUGUGACAAAAUGGCUUAAAAACUAUUGGAGUGGCCAUCACAAAGCCCUGACCUCUGCGGGCAGAACUGAAAAAGUGUGUGUGAGCAAGGAGGCCUAGAAACCUGACUCAGUUACACUAGCUCUGUCAGGAUGAAUGGGCCAAAAUUCCACCCAACUUAUUGUGGGAAGCUUGUGGAAGGCUACCCGAAACGUUUGAUCCAAGUGAAACAAUUUAAAGGCAAUGCUACCAAAUACUAAUUGAGUGUACGUAAACCUCUGACCCACUGGGAAUGUGAUGAAAGAAAUAAAAGCUUAAAUAAAUCAUUCUCUCUACUAUUA